AACCGGAGAUGAAGGCGCCGGCCGGACCGGGACGUGCGCGGCUCCUCCCGCGGUUCUGCGUCUGCGGGGUCGGUCUGCUCACAGCCACCUGUCUCCUGCACGUCCUCCGUGGGCCAGGCUCGGGGGAAGCCGAUGUGGAGGAUGCGUUGCUCUGGUCCAGGAGGGAGCUCAGCCAGGAGAGGGGAGACAACCAGACCGCCAGCACUGCCAGAUUUGCCAUCCAUGAGUUUCCUCAGGACAUCUUUACACUGAAGCAGAGGAGACAGGGAGCGGUCCUCCUUCAUGUUCUCUGUGCGAUCUACAUGUUUCAUGCCCUGGCUGUUGUGUGUGACGUCUAUUUUGUGCCAUCCCUGGAAAAGAUAUCAGAGAACCUCGAGUUAAGCGAAGAUGUGGCCGGGGCAACUUUCAUGGCAGCCGGGAGCUCGGCCCCGGAGCUCUUCACCUCCCUGAUCGGUCAGUACAGCAACAAACUAGUCUCCAUAAGCUCUCCAAUCUCCAUCAGUCAUGUUAUCUACGAUGAGAAGGUCAUGUGGUGGGAGACCAUCGUACUGAUCUCCAUGUAUGGAAUCUACAUCCUUAUCAUGAAGUUCAACAGGUCUCUGUGUAGCUGGGUGGAGAGACACUUCAGUAGAGUGGGUCAGCCAUGCCUGAGCAGCCUGAGGCGGCCCACCGCUGUCGGACACGCGGGAGAAUGUGAAACGGACAUGGUGCCGCUAAAGCCAGACUCGUGUGCGGUGGCCGGUCAGGACUCGGGGGUGGCGAUGGUGGAUGAGCUGCUCGGCCUGCGCCCCCACCAGCUCUCCUUUUCAGAGAGGCAGAGGCUGAUUCAGGCCCGGGGCCUGGAGGAGGCGGGAGGUCCAGGGGAGGAGGCUGUUGGGGGAUGUGGGCCGUGGGGAAUGGAGAACGGAGCCGCGGCAGAGGGAGAGAGGCCACCGCUGGAGGGGGAGAGGGAGGCAGAGAAGGAGAUGGGAGCAGACGCAGGAGGGGGGACACAUCCCAAAGAGGAGGAGGAGGAAGAGGAGGAGGAGGAGGAGGAGCACGAUGAGGAGGAAGAGGAGACCAUCCCGUUCAGACCUUUUGUCAUACCAGACUCUUGGUGUGCCCGUUUGAAGUGGCUGGUGACUUGGCCUGUUGGCAUCCUGCUGCACUGUACCGUGCCAAACUGUGCCCUGCCACAGUGGCAGCGUUGGUACCUGCUCACCUUCCUCUCCUCCACCCUGUGGAUCGCCCUCUUCUCCUACCUCAUGGUCUGGAUGGUGACCAUAAUCAGCUAUACACUUGGCAUACCAGAGGUCAUCAUGGGCAUCACCUUCCUGGCAGCGGGCACCAGUGUCCCUGACUGCAUGGCCAGCCUCAUCGUUGCCCGCCAGGGUAUGGGCGACAUGGCGGUGUCCAACUCCAUUGGCAGUAAUAUCUUCGACGUGCUCCUGGGCCUUGGUUUUCCAUGGGCGCUGAGGACUCUCAUAGUCAACUACGGAUCCGUGGUGUACAUCAACAGCAAAGGCCUGGUUUACUCGGUGAUUCUGCUGUUGGCCUCCGUCACAUUAACGGUCCUGUGUGUCCACUUGAACCGCUGGAGGUUGGACCGCAGACUGGGGCUCUGUCUCAUGUUCCUCUAUGCCAUCUUCCUCCUCUGCUCCAUCGGCUUUGAAAGGCUGUAGAGGAUACACA